AUGUUCAACGCCCGCAACUUCCGCCACGUGCUGUCCUUCUCCGCUGGGGAAAGCAAUAACCUGGCCCUCGGCAUCAGACAUCUCUCUGUGACAUCCGAUUGGCCGCCUCAUGCCAAGCUGCAGCCGACUGUGAGAUUGGCGAAGGAAUUUAGUGGGUAG